AUGGCUCCCCGUACUGCCGUGAUACUUAAUAUCUACGACCUCAUAGAGGCCAAUAAUUACAUCGCACCACUGGGCCUGGGCAUCUUCCACAGUGGCGUUGAGAUCGCCGGAGAGGAAUUUUCAUAUGCAAGUGGAGCCGGCGUCUUCUCCUUAAGUCCCAAACGAGUAACUGGUGCUAAAUUCCGAGAAUCAAUCAAAAUGGGGUUCUUCGAAGGAAGUUUUCAGGAAGCUCAACGACUCGCCUAUUCUUUAAGCUCAGAUUUUGAUGGUGAUGGCUACAAUUUGUUUACUCAAAAUUGCAACACGUACGCGGACGCGCUGUGUCAACUGCUGCUGGGAAAACCAAUUCCUGCUUAUGUCAAUCGCGCAGCCUAUUUGGGUUCAUUCCUUAGCUGUCUCAUGCCGGCUGAUGUGAUGGAACAAGCACCAGUGGGUGACACCAAUACGCGUUCGCGGAUCACGAACGCAACCUCGCGACGUUCCGAUACUGUCUACACUCCAUUUGCAGGGUCUGGCCAAACUGUUGGUGGCGCUAAGGAAGCAUCAUCGUCGGAAUCGUCAACUCGGGCUGAUCAACGCAAGAAAGUUCGCUUGGCAGCUUUGCGGCGAGUGGGUGCGCAAGAGCAGUAG